UCCAUUCAAUCCUCUCAUUCCAUCACAAACACCAUGAAGCUCUCCCUUGCCUCCAUCGCUACCCUGCUCAGCGCCGUCAGCGCCGCCGCCGUGCCCGCUGUCUCGGCUGCUCCCGCUCUGCCCAAGGCCUUUACCCUCGUCGCGGAGGGCGGAUACACCCUUUUGACCAACGGAGAAAACAUCUACUUCGGCGGCAACGGCACCGACAAGGAAAUCCUCAUCCUGCAUUCCGGCCCGAACGGCGCCCUUUCAUACACCCAACAGAACGCCGUUCCCACCGCCUUCCAAAACCUCUUCAUCGUCGAGAAGGAAGUCUCGCCCCUCGGCUUGACCCGUCCUCACUCGGGCGCGCUGCCCGAGGGCGGCAACAUGACCGCCUUUGGCGUUAAUGAGAGGGGAUUUUUGACCCAGGGAGGCAAUGACUGGUUUGCUGUUGAGGGAUACGGUGAUAAUCCUGUCAAGGAGGUGUACUGGUAUGGACGGCACAGCUCGACGUAUAAGGCUGCGCCGUUGUGGGUGAAGGAGUGCAGGGGUUGUUAAGGGGCCACUCGCGACCGUUCGGGCGAGUGGCAUAUAUAUGUGGCAUUAAUAUAUGAACAUCGUGUACAAAUAGGGCAAGCGGAUAGAGCCGCCCAUGAAUAAUACAAAAG